AUGCGAAAAGCCGUUCGAAAUCUGGGAGGCCCAUAUAAUAUUCCCCUGUUGGGUGGCCUGCAAUUGGCCUAUGGUAUAACUCCCAAAAAUGUUUUUGACAAGCCAACGGAGCUGAGAAAAAUUAUAACUCCGGCAUUUUAUUUUAAAAUCUUGGAAGAAUUUUCGGAGGUGCUUCAACAACGGUCGGAAAUAUUGGUCGACUGUUUGGCCUCAAAGGCGAAUGGUGAAAUGGCGUUUGAUAUUUAUCCUCUGGUGUGUUCAGCUACCUUGGAUAUUAUUGUCGAAACAGCUAUGGGCACUAAGGUGGGGGCACAGACUGGUGGUACUAAGCGUUAUACUCAAGCAGUUACAGAAAUGACAAAUAUGUUGGGCUGGAGAUUUUUACAGGUCCACUUAAAGAACGAAGUUAUUUUCUCAAUUUUACAUUCGCUUAAGAAAUUGCAGUCAAUGAAAAAUUUACGCAUAAUGUAUGAGUUCACACACAAUGUAAUUAAGGAAAGGCGUAACACCUUGGAAGCUUCGGUGAAAAAAUCGCCCACCCAAACUAUUGAGGACAUUGAUCUCAGUGACAUUGGUACUAGGAAAAGAAUGGCAUUGUUAGAUGUUCUACUGCAGUCCACUACAGAUGGCGAAUCCUUAACCGAUGAAGAUAUCCACAGCGACGGCUCUUAG